CUCAACUCACUACUCCCCUCUGGAUCUCUAUCCACUAGGUCUCUCCACUCAUCCACUCAUCACCGUCACAUCCCUCCAUAAACAUGUCGUCCAACCAGCAGCAGGGUCAGCCCGGCCAGUUCGCCCAGCAGGGCCAGUACGGCGCCGUCACCGGUGGCGGCUUCGGCGGUGCACUCGCCAAGGACCGCGAUGGUAACCUCCUCCAGGGAGGCCAGCAGCAGCAGCAGCAGCAGCAGCAGGAGCAGCGCUCGGCAUACGAGGGCUACGGCGCCAACGACAGCUCGGCCAGCGGUGGCUUUGGCCGCAACGCCGGCGGCUCGUCCUUCUCGCGUGCGAACCAGAUGGGUGUCGACAGCCAGGGCCCCCAGGGCUCGGAGCAGGACAGCUACAACGACUACGAGAGCGGCGCAAAGACCGGCGCCAGCACCCCCGGUUACCGCAAGGACGGCGAGGAUGACAACCUCAACUCGCAGUUCCGUGGCCAGAACCUUGCCUUCUCGAAGAAGAAGGAGGACGAGGAGCCCGAGAUCUAAGGGCAGGCAGCAGUUCUCGGUCAACCGCAUGUGCAUCGUCAUGGCCGCGUGUAAUAAUAAAGGAGAUUGGUCAAUGAAGCGAGUCUGAACAAUCUGAACAUGUUCAAUCGGAUACGAGCUGGUUGUUAUGGUUGUUAUGGCCGACUGGCGCGACUGGGAAAGCAGGCGCGCAUGUGCGCGGAGAUGCACACGCGCAUUAGAUGAGAAGUGUACGGCGCGAAGGCGUGCAACCUCCCCGAUCAUUGUGCACCGCCAUGGAGCCAUGGAGAAUGGAGGUGUCUGACAUCCGAUUGAGUU